AUGCACGGAAUGGUACCAGAUGACAUUGAUUACAUCAAUGAUACACCAACAAUUCAAGAAUAUAAGAAACUCAAGAGAGUCAUGAAGAUCAUGACCCAGUUCUAUGUUGGAGGUAGUGCCACCAAGUUGGAGCAAGCAGAGUACUUUGAAGGAGAGUUGCAAAAGGUGCAGAUGGACGAAGCACAGAUCACCGCACAACUCGAGUCACUCAAGACGUUUGCACUCCACCCAAAGCGUAGAGAGUACGAAGAGGAACUCAACGAAGAGCUCGAGAAACUCUUUUUACUCAAGAAGAAGUUCACCACCAAGUCGGACGAGUUCCGUAAGCUCCACAUCUGGUCCAACGGUAUCGUCGAUGUCACCAAGUGGCUCGAAAACGGUCUCGACGACUACUGCGUCAACCAUCUCCAAAUGGAACUCGGCAAGACCGUCGAUGCCCCCGCCAAGCUCUCCAAGGAAGAGUUUUCAAAGUACAAAGAGGGUCUUGACGAGAUCACCUACAAUCUCCAAGAGUCACAAGACUUUUUCAUGGCCUCGCUUGACGGUCGUCUUCGUCAAUACCACAUCAUUGAAAAGGAAAUGAUCGAGGCUCAAAUCAAGGUCAUGAGCCAAUUCCCACCAAUGAUCCCACGUACCUCUCACAUCAUCUCUGAACUCGAGGCCGAUCUCGAAUACGUCACCAAGAACAUGGGCGAAGAUCCAUCAGCCAUUGCCAAGCGUAAGAAAAUGCUCGAAAUGCACUCUGACUUUUUCAAGGUACUCCGUUGGUACAAGGACAAGAUGAAGGUCCUCGGUGACGAAUACGGUAUCGUCGACCAAGACAAGCGUUCCGAAGAAGAGAAAAUCAAGAAUGCCAUGAGCACUCAAGUAGAGUUUAUGUCAAAUCUCACUCCAGAAAAUACUCCAGAGUUACAAGAAUUAAAGAAUCUUCAUUUAAAUUAA